AUGGCCGAGCAGAACAACAAUCAGAACCAGAACCAGAAGACGUACAAGCAGCAAGCAGGCGAAUUUUACAACCGACAGUAUGAGAGCUGGAUGCCUUGGGUAGAAGAUCAGUAUCUGCGAUGGUUCACAAAAGACAACAAAGCUUCCUACGCAACAAAGCAAGAACUUGACAAGACCAAAAUCACGGGCAACGAACAAGUCGACAAUCUCCAAGACGGUGUCAACAACCUCGUUAGCGGACAGGUCGGGAAAGGCGGGCUUGCGCAGCCUCUCGGCGAUGCCUUUUCCAAGGAGGGCAUCAACCGCGCGGAGAGGGGUGGAAAGGAUAACGACGGAAGUUAUGGAGGACCUCUUGGGGGUUAUGGACAGGGUGCUGUUGAUGGGGUGAAGAAUGCUGGUUCGAGUGUAGGAGGCGGGUUGGCGGGAGGUGCGAAGAGUGCGGGGGCUAUUUGGGGCUUGGGGGAAGAAGGGGAUGAGCCGGCUGAUAAGAAAUAG